AUGGCUUUGCAGUGUAUGGAUGAUUCCAGGCCUUGUAUUAAUGAGGGACGGUGCAUUCCCUAUCAAAAUGGUACAGGAUAUUGCAAGUGUCGGGAAGGCUUUCUGGGAGACUACUGCCAGUACAGGAACCCCUGCGAGAACAACACCUGCAGGAACGGGGGAACCUGUGAAACGACGUCCCUCAUAGGAAAGGCGACGUGCAGAUGUGCCCCCGGCUUCCGCGGAGAGGAGUGUCAGUACUCCGAGUCGCACGUCUGCUUCGUGUCCCAGCCCUGCCUGCACGGAGGAACCUGCCAUCCCCACAGCCAGGAGAGCUACGAGUGUGCCUGUGCCCCGGGGUACACAGGGAGGGACUGCCAGUGGAUUGAUGCCUGCACGUCUCAGCCUUGUGCCAAUGGAAGUACAUGCACAGUAUCCGGGAACAAGUUCUCCUGCAUCUGUCCACCUGGCUAUACUGGCCAGAGGUGUGAGAUAGAUGUAAACGAAUGUGCUACUUCAGCCCUCUGUCAGCACGGGGGGACCUGUGUCAACGUGCCUGGCUCGUACCGAUGCCAGUGCAAGCCGGGCUUCACGGGGCACCGCUGCGAGAGCCCCUACGUGCCGUGUUCGCCCUCGCCCUGCAUGAACGGGGGGACCUGCCAUCAGACCAGUGACUUCACCUUCGAGUGCAACUGUCUGCCAGGUUUUGAGGGAAGCAUCUGUGAGCGGAACGUCGAUGACUGCCCAAACCAUAAUUGCCAAAACGGGGGGAUAUGUGUGGACGGCGUGAACACGUACAACUGCCGCUGCCCACCGCAGUGGACAGGCCAGUUUUGCACUGAAGAUGUCGACGAGUGUCAGCUCCAGCCCAACGCUUGUCAGAACGGGGGGACCUGCACGAACCACAACGGCGGCUACGCCUGCGUCUGCGUCAACGGCUGGAGUGGCGACGACUGCAGCAAGAACAUCGACGACUGCUUCACUGCCUCCUGUGCCAAUGGAUCCACCUGCAUUGAUCGAGUGGCUUCUUUUUCGUGCAUUUGUCCAGAAGGAAAGGCAGGUCUUCUGUGCCACUUGGAUGACGCCUGCGUUAGCAAUCCAUGUCAGAAGGGUGCUCUGUGUGACACUAAUCCUGUGAACGGUCAUUACAUCUGCACUUGUCCUCAAGGCCAUAAGGGAGCAGACUGCACUGAGGACGUGGACGAAUGUGCAAUGGCAAACAGCAAUCCGUGUGAACAUGCUGGGAAAUGUGUAAACACAGAGGGCUCUUUCCACUGCGAGUGUUUGAAGGGUUAUACAGGACCUCGGUGUGAAAUGGACAUCAACGAAUGCCAUUCAAAUCCGUGUCAGAACGAUGCCACCUGCCUGGACAAAAUUGGAGGAUUCACGUGUUUGUGUAUGCCAGGAUUUAAAGGUAUUCACUGUGAAGAAGAUAUUGAUGAGUGUCUCAGUAAUCCCUGUGUGAACAACGGAGUGUGUCUCAACAAAGUGAACCGCUUUCUCUGUGUCUGUCCUCCUGGUUUUGCUGGCCUUUUGUGUGAGGAGAAUAUCAACAACUGUGAUCCUGAUCCUUGCCACCAUGGUGAAUGUCAGGAUGGGAUUGAUUCGUACACGUGCAUUUGCAAUCCUGGCUACAUGGGUGCCAUAUGCAGUGAGCAGAUAGAUGAAUGCCACAGCAACCCCUGCCUCCACCAAGGGCGCUGCAUCGAUUUGGUGAACGGCUACCAGUGCAACUGCUUGCUGGGCACCUCGGGGGUGAACUGUGAAAACAACUUUGAUGACUGUGCAAGUAACCCCUGUGUUCACGGGGACUGUAUUGAUGGCAUUAAUCGCUACAACUGCGCUUGCAAACCUGGAUUUACAGGCCCACGAUGUAGUGUGGAUAUUGACGAAUGCACAUCCAGCCCCUGUCACAAUGGUGGAACAUGUAUAAAUGAGAUCAAUGCGUUUCGGUGCGUGUGUCCUGAAGGCUACCAUCACCCUCACUGCCAGUCCCAGGCAGAUGGCUGUCUGAGUAAUCCCUGUGUACAUGGCAACUGCACACAUGUGGCUACUGGGUACAAGUGUGUCUGUGACCCAGGCUGGAUAGGAGAUUUCUGUUCUACAGAAGGGAAUGAAUGUAAAUCAAACCCCUGCCAGAACGGAGGAACUUGCGAGGAUCUGUUGAAUGGCUAUAGAUGCACCUGUAGGAAAGGAUUCAAAGGUGUGAACUGCCAGGUGGUGGUGGCUCCUUGUUCCCCCGACCCGUGUGAGAACUCAGGGAUCUGCCAGGAAUCUCCUGACUCCGAAGGCUACACGUGCCUCUGUGCCCCUGGCUGGGAAGGGGAGAGAUGUACAGUGGACAUUGACGAGUGCCUCUCCAAACCCUGCAAAAACCAUGCUCUGUGCCACAAUAUUCAAGGCAGUUACCUGUGCGAAUGUCGUCCCGGCUUCACUGGCGGAGACUGUGACAGUAACAUUGACGACUGCCUUUCCAACCCUUGCCAAAAUGGAGCUUCGUGUGUGGAUGGGAUCAACUCUUUCUCGUGCAUCUGCCUCCCCGGAUUUCACGGAGAUAAAUGUCAGACCGACACCAACGAGUGUCUGAGUGAACCCUGCAGGAAUGGAGGCGUGUGCACCCACUACGUCAACAGCUACACCUGCAAGUGUCAGCCUGGCUUUGAGGGAACCAACUGCGAGAACAACAUCGAUGAGUGCACAGAGAGCUCCUGUUUCAACGGAGGUACCUGUGUGGAUGGCAUCAAUUCCUUCACCUGCCAGUGUCCAGUGGGGUUUACAGGAUCCUUCUGCCUCGUGGAAAUCAACGAGUGUGAUUCGCAGCCUUGCUUGAACAAAGGCUCCUGUGUGGACAGCCUGGGGACGUACCGCUGCGUGUGUCCUUUGGGCUACACCGGCAAGAACUGUCAGACACUGAUGGAUCUGUGCAGCAAGUCUCCCUGUAAGAACAACGGCACGUGUCUCCAGAAGGCCGCGCAGACGCAGUGCCUCUGUCCCUCUGGCUGGACCGGCGCGUACUGCGACGUGCCCAACGUCUCCUGCCAGGUGGCAGCUUCACAAAGGGGAGUCACAGUGCACCAGCUGUGUCAACACUCUGGCCAUUGCCUCAACGUUGGAAACACGCACAGGUGCCAAUGCCGCGUGGGUUACACGGGCAGCUACUGCGAGGAGCAGCUGGAUGAAUGCGAGUCCAGCCCGUGCCGCAACGGGGCUACCUGCCGGGACCACCUGGGCGGGUACCAGUGCGAGUGUGUGGCUGGAUACCAGGGGGUCAACUGUGAAUAUGAAGUGGAUGAGUGCCAGUUUCAGCCCUGCCAGAAUGGAGGAACAUGCAUAGACCUCGUCAAUCAUUUCAAGUGCUCCUGUCCACCAGGAACUCGGGGCCGCCUGUGCGAGGAGAACGUCGAUGACUGCGCCCCGGACUCCGGCGUGCCCCGCUGCUUCAACGGGGGCCAGUGCAUUGACCAGAUCGGGGGCUACAGCUGCGUGUGUCCCCCGGGCUUCGCGGGCGAGCGCUGCGAGGGGGAUAUCAACGAGUGCCUCUCCAACCCGUGCAGCCCUCGGGGAAGCCUGGACUGCGUUCAACUGGUCAAUGACUAUAGAUGCAUCUGUCGUAGCGCUUUCAUUGGUCGUCACUGUGAGAGCGUCUUAGAUGUGUGUCCCCAGAAGCCGUGCCAGAACGGAGGCACCUGUGCUGUUGCCAGCAACAUGCCCGACGGCUUCAUCUGCCAGUGCCCGCCGGGUUAUUCUGGGUCAAAAUGCGAGUUCAGCAGCCACAGUACUUGCGGGCAAGUGAAAUGCAAGAAGGGGGAACAGUGCAUCCAGACAUCGUCUGGUCCCCGGUGCUACUGCCCCAAGCUGUCUGCAGGAGAGGAGUGCCAGACACACAGCGGCUGUGCCAGCGUCCCCUGCCAGAACGGCGGCAUCUGCCACCCUCGUUCUCAGCCUCCCUACUAUUACUGUCAGUGCCCUGAUCAUGCCCAAGGCAGCCAGUGUGAACAGCUUGCUCAUCCCAGCCAAGAGCCCCAAGGAUGUUUGGAUUCCCACUGUGCCGACAAAGCAAGGGAUGGCUACUGCGAUGAGGACUGCAACACCCAUGCGUGCCAGUGGGACGGAGGCGACUGCUCCUUGACAAUGGAAGAUCCCUGGGCCAACUGCUCCUCUUCGCUGCGCUGCUGGUUGCUUUUCAAUGGGCAGUGCGAUGACUUCUGCAACACACCCGAGUGCCUGUUUGACAACUUCGAAUGUCAGCAAAACAGCAAGGCGUGCAAGUACGACACGUACUGUGCCGAUCACUAUGCAGACGGGCGCUGUGACCAGGGCUGUAACAGCGAGGAGUGUGGCUGGGACGGCCUGGACUGCGCUGGUGACAAGGCUGAGAAACUAGCAGAGGGGACCCUCAUCAUCGUGGUCUUGAUGCCCCCUGACGAGCUGCUGGGGGACGUGCGCACCUUCCUGCGCACUCUAGGAACUCUGCUCCACACCAACCUCAGGAUCAAGCUGGACUCCCAGGGAAACCCCAUGGUCUUCCCAUACUAUGGGGAGAAAUCCGCAGCACGGAGUCGGCGAUCCCUCGUGAUCAUACGCAAGCAGAGAGAGCUGGAGCAGGAGGUCAUUGGCACCAGAGUGUUCCUGGAGAUUGACAACCGUCAGUGUGCGGAGGACUCGGAGCAGUGCUUCCACAACACAGAAGCUGCCGCGGCUCUCCUAGCUGCUCAGGCCAUCAAGGGCAUGUUGCCCUAUCCCUUUGUGUCUGUCCAAAGUGAACCAUUGCUGCCACCGAAGACCCAGUUGCUUUACCUCCUUGCCGUGGCAGCUUUAAUCAUCCUCUUAAUCCUCCUCUUGGGCGUGAUGAUGGCAAAGCGCAAGCGCAAGCACGGCUCGCUGUGGCUCCCUGAGGGCUUCAUUCUGCGCAGAGACCCCAGUAACCACAAGCGCAGAGAGCCAGUGGGGGAAGAUGCAGUCGGGCUCAAGAACCUGGCGGUGCAGAUCCCCGAGGGUAACCUGGCUGACUCUGGACCAACCGAGCACUGGGCAGGUGACGGCGGACCUCAGCCCAAGAGAGCAAAGGCUGAGGAUCAGGCCUUGCUGCCGGAAGGCGACGAGCAGGUGGAUCAGCGCCAGUGGACACAGCAGCACCUGGAGGCAGCAGACAUCUGUGGAAGCACCUCGCUCGCCCUGACACCGCCUCAGGCCGACCAAGAAGUGGACGUUCUGGAUGUCAAUGUCAGAGGGCCAGAUGGUGUACCUGUACAGUUUUUCAGUUGUACCUAUCAG